AUGGCGGCUCCGGAGUCAGUCCCGAAGACAAUGUCCGGCAUUCUCAUUGAGAAGCCGGGUGGUGUUGAAGUACUAGGCUGGAAGGAAGAUCUGACCGUUCCUGAGCUCAAAGAGGGACAGAUCCUCGUCAAGAAUGAGUUUGCCGGCGUGAAUUAUAUUGACACAUAUUUCCGCAAUGGCAUGUACAAGUCAGACUACCCUCUUAUCACUGGAAAGGAAGCAGCCGGUGUUGUUGUAGCCGUGCACGAUUCCGUUAAGGCUUUCGCGCCUGGCGACCGGGUGGUCUAUCUCGACGAGCACACCUAUGCGCAGUACUCAGCUAUCCCUGCCAUUAAGGCAGUCACGAUUCCAGACGGGAUCACCACCAAGCAAGCUGCGGCGUCGAUGCUGCAAGGUCUGACAGCUUUGACGUUCAUCCGCGAAGCCGCUGGCUUACACCCCACCGCGACCUUGGGCGUUGGCCAAGGACCGUGGGUGCUCGUCCAUGCGGCGGCAGGAGGUGCAGGAACUCAACUGUGCCAGAUGUUGCACGCCACGGGCGCAAAGGUCAUCGGAACAGCUGGUGGGGAGGCGAAGAUGGAAAUCGCAAGGAAGAACGGCGCACAAUGGGUGAUUGACAGUCGCGCUGAUGACCUGGUGGAGAAGGUCAAGGAGAUCACCAACGGCCACGGCCCAGACGUGAUCUUCGAUGGCGUGGGGAUAGCAACGUUCAGUAAAGAUUUGGAGAUGAUUGCGCGGAAAGGCACUUUGAUCUCUUACGGUAAUGCCUCCGGCAAAGUGCCACCUUUCGACCUCCUUGAUCUCGGUCCCAAAAACGUCAAACUUCUACGACCCGUAGUAUUCAACUACAUCGCAACCAGAGAAGAGUUGGAAACUUACACUAGGGAGCUAUUCGACUUCAUCUUAUCAGGCAAGGUCGACGUCAAGAUCCAUGAGGUGUACCCUCUCAAGGAUGUUGGCCGUGCACAUUCGGAUCUUGAGGGGCGGAAGACAACGGGCAAGCUAUUACUUCAGGUAUAA